GCAGAGGGGGCGCAGGGCGCCCCCGGGGGCGGGGCACGCAGAUGACGGCGGCGCGGCUGGUGGAACGCUGGGCGGCCCGGCUGCCUGACUGGCCGGCUUGGGCGUCUGGGCCGUGAAGGUGGGACCGCUUGUUCUGGGCGGCAAGUUUCCCUCUCCACCGCCCGCCGUUCGUAGCAUGUCCCCCAGAACCCGGGGAGCGCAAGCAGGACUGGCUUAGAAAAGACGCGGUCCCCAGCUCUUGGGCCACGGACGUCCCACCCCGCUCCUCUGUCGCGGGAGAACCGCCGGGCCGAGCCACUGGGAGAAGCAGGCCAGAGUCUUCUAGGGCCUCCGGCCCGUGGACCCGAGGAGGAUGAGCUGGCUCUUUCCCCUGACCAAGAGCGCCUCCUCCUCCGCGGCUGGGUCCCCCGGUGGCCUCACCAGCCUCCAGCAGCAGAAGCAGCGCCUGAUCGAGUCCCUCCGGAACUCACACUCCAGUAUAGCCGAAAUACAGAAAGAUGUGGAAUACAGAUUGCCAUUCACCAUAAACAACCUGACAAUUAACAUUAAUAUAUUGCUUCCUCCGCAGUUUCCUCAGGAAAAACCAGUGAUCAGUGUUUAUCCACCAAUACGACAUCACUUAAUGGAUAAACAAGGAGUGUAUGUUACCUCUCCAUUAGUAAACAAUUUUACAAUGCACUCAGAUCUUGGAAAAAUUAUUCAGAGUCUGUUGGAUGAGUUUUGGAAGAAUCCUCCAGUUUUAGCCCCUACUUCAACAGCAUUUCCUUAUCUAUACAGUAACCCAAGUGGGAUGCCUCCUUAUGCUUCUCAGGGUUUUCCAUUUCUUCCUCCAUAUCCUCCACAAGAAGCAAACAGGAGUAUCACUUCUUUAUCUGUUGCUGACACUGUUUCUUCUUCAACAACAAGUCAUACCACAGCCAAGCCUGCUGCUCCUUCAUUUGGUGUCCUUUCAAAUCUGCCAUUACCCAUUCCCACAAUGGAUGCUUCAAUAUCGACAAGCCAGAAUGGUUUUGGUUACAAGAUGCCAGAUGUCCCUGAUGCAUUUCCAGAACUCUCAGAACUAAGUGUGUCACAACUCACAGAUAUGAAUGAGCAAGAGGAGGUAUUACUAGAACAGUUUCUGACUUUGCCUCAACUAAAACAAAUUAUUACCGACAAAGAUGACUUAGUAAAAAGUAUUGAGGAACUAGCAAGAAAAAAUCUCCUUUUGGAGCCCAGCUUGGAAGCCAAAAGGCAAACUGUUUUAGAUAAGUAUGAAUUACUUACACAGAUGAAGUCUACUUUCGAAAAGAAGAUGCAAAGGCAGCAUGAACUUAGUGAGAGCUGUAGUGCAAGUGCCCUACAGGCAAGAUUGAAAGUAGCUGCACACGAAGCUGAGGAAGAAUCUGACAAUAUUGCAGAAGACUUCUUGGAGGGAAAGAUGGAAAUAGAUGAUUUUCUCAGUAGCUUCAUGGAAAAGAGAACAAUUUGCCACUGUAGAAGAGCCAAGGAAGAGAAACUUCAGCAGGCAAUAGCAAUGCACAGCCAAUUUCAUGCUCCACUAUAGAUUUUCCUGGAAACAUGAACUGCCAAGAGAGGAAUGGGACACAAAACUAAACACUGUUUUAUAUUUAUGGUUUGCAAACUGGCAUUUCAUCAGUGGUUAAAUUCACAGAUACCCUAUAUAGAUUGUAUACAGAACUGAGACUGAUUUUGUACAGAUUAGAAUGAUUGCUGUGAUCUUUGAGAAGUUUUUCUGCACUAUUUGCACUGAAAUGUUUAUUUAUUAUUGAUAAAUCCUAUCAUAUUUAAGUUCCACUGCUGUUCCUCUUAUCUUGAUUAAAUGCCUAUGCAUGUACUUUUAGCUAGUUUUUAAUAUUUCAUAAAACUUCAUUUAAAUUUGUAUUUUUAACUUGAAGUUCCAUUUCUUUAUCAAGAAUGGUAUUUAGAUUUUUUUCCUCUUAACCUUUUUUGAAAAACUAUUUUCAACUGUGAGGAAACCCUUAUUUUUCUUUCUUUGUGGAUAAAACUUUCAGAAGCAAUUUAAGGUAUUCAUAGUGUUAGGAAACACCAAACCUGCCUAUGUGCCAUCUCACAAAAGAAACUUUUAAUACCUACAAUAAAUGAAAAGAAUAAACCAGCUGUUCUUA